CAAAAUAAAAAUGUGUCAAAAUCGAUUUGCUUUGAUUAUCGUUCUUCGCGUGUGAAACAUUAGGUUGAAUUUUAUUUAUUUUAUUUUGUUAUUUUGUCAUUUUUCAGUAAAUUGGCAAAUUUUUUGUACAGUAGCACAAACGCGAGAAAAGACGAUGGUGAUAAUGACCAAAACAAAAGUGACAGCUACCUCUGGUAUUACGCACACCAUUGCAACUGCUCGGAAAGUGUUUUUUUCUCAGCUGCAAAGCGUAGUUCGGGACGGGAUAGUCCUGCCGUAAAAACAAAUUCGACAUAAGAAGUAAGCUAUACAACAGAGUACGCUCCGCUAAAUAUAAUUCAUGUUUCGGAUCUGGAACUUUACGUAGUUUUAUAUUUUAAACAUAACAUUAUAAUAUUGUAAGCGAUGAUGAAAUCGUUACAGCAUCUUGCUGUCUUAAACAUUAUUUUUCUGGUUACUUCGGGAAGUGCAUCGAAUUUCACAGGUCUCCCAAUAGUAUUGUGGCAUGGAAUGGGUGAUACUUGCUGCUUUCCGUUUAGCUUAGGAGGAUUCAAAAUUUUCUUAGAAAGAGACCUCAACGUUUACAUUAAAUCGAUAAAAAUUGGUAAUUCCAUCGUAACAGACUACAAAAGUGGUUACUUAAUUCAUCCCAAUGAACAGGUUAAAGAAGUUUGUCAACAGCUGAACAACGAUCCUGCUCUAACCUAUGGAUAUAAUGCCAUUGGGUUCUCACAAGGAGGACAAUUUCUCCGAGCUCUUGCCCAACGAUGUGCUACACCCAAAAUGAACAAUCUGAUUACACUUGGUGGCCAACACCAGGGUAUAUUUGGAUUACCGGAUUGCCCUUCAUUAAGCAAAAAAUCAUGCGAGAAGUUUCGGCAGUUACUUAAUCAUGCUGCCUAUGUUCACUGGGUUCAGGAAUCUCUAGUUCAAGCAACUUAUUGGCAUAAUCCUCUUAAUGAGCAAGCUUAUAAAGAGGCUAGUACAUUUUUAGCCGAUAUCAAUAACGAAAGAACAAUAAACCAAACCUACAUAAAAAAUUUACAACAACUGAACAAAUUUGUUAUGGUGAAGUUUACAAAGGAUCGGAUCGUUCAACCAAUAGAAUCUCAAUGGUUUGGAUUUUACAAGACUGGGCAAGAUAAAGAAACUGAAACUUUGCAGGAAUCAGAGUUGUUUUUGAAGAAUCGCCUAGGCCUUCUGGAAAUGCAUAAGAGGAACAAACUCAUAUUUUUAGAGUGUGAAGGUGAUCAUCUGCAAUUCUCUAAAGCCUGGUUUAAAGCAAACAUUUAUCCUCAUUUGUAAACCAAAUUGACAAAGAUUGUGUUAUAUGAAUUAUAAUUGUUAUCGUUAUUAA